GCUGUCACGACCAGAUCAUCGACCGCCACUCUCCUGACUCCUGAUCUUCACACAGCUCAUCAUGUGGCCCUUCAGCUCGUCGUCAUCAUCAUCGGCCUCAGCGUCACAGCCCUCGCCUCAGGCUGAGGCUCACACUAAUUUCGUAGACCCUUCCUCUUCGACGACUCCUCAGCCUCAAGCCGCCGCCUCUUCAGCCUCAUCAAAUGCGCAGCAAGCUGAGCAAUCCACAACCGACUACAUCCAAUCGCACAAGUUCGCACAACCCUCGUCCUCAUCCUUCGACAGCACCUAUACCCCUACUGCCUCCUCCCUCUUCUCCGGUGCUCAAUUCGACGCUGCCCGCCUUCACCCGCUCGCCGGCCUGGGCAAGGACGAAGUCGAAUAUCUGGACAUCGUAGACAACCAACCCAACCAGCUCGAAGGAGCACGCACGGCUCUCCCAUCUCGCGGCUGGAGUGACGAUCUCAGCUAUGGCACCGGUACGACCUACCUCUCCGGCCUGGCAAUUGGUGGCCUCCUCGGCGCCCGCGAAGGACUGGGCCGACCCUUGGGAGUCGACAACCCAACGAUGCGCCUUCGCCUCAACGCCGUCCUCAAUCAGAUGACGCGCAGGGCCAGCUUCUUUGGCAACAGUGCGGGCGUCAUCGCUUUGAUCUACAAUGUCACUGAUGCCAUUAUCGACAAUGUUAGGGGCAAGCACGAUAUGGCGGGCGCGAUUGCCGCCGGUGGGAUUUCGGGAGCGAUGUUCAAGGCUACGGCGGGUGUGAGGCCGAUGGCUGUCGCGUCGGGGAUCAUGAUGGGAGCGGCUGCGAGCUGGACAGCUGCAAAGCAGGCGCUGCUCUAGUAAAGGAGAGACUUGGUAACAGUGUAAGGUGGAGUAAUGGACGCUCUCCAUGGCGUUGGAACCAAAAGGCGGGACAUCAUGCCCUGCCACCCUCACAACUCCUUUGUACGAUAGAUCGCGGCUGAGAGCCGACUGCACACAAACAUGAGAUUUCCACGAGGCCAUCUUUGCGCGCAUUCAUUUGCAAGGAUUGCCUCCCAUCUAGUAACCUCCACCCCCUGCAUCCCUUCCAUGCCCGGCCAUCUUCCUCCUCUGCUCCUCCUCCAGCUUCGGACAAUCCUGCACGGAGUGCCCAAGACCACCGCAAAUUGCACAAGCCCUGAUUUGCCCACCAGCUGUAGCUCUCGGAUCCUCAAUGGCAGCGAGGAAGGGCGGGAUACGCUGCUUAGCCUCCAUCAGCAGAUACUUGAGGUCGAGCAACGUCUGCUCAGGU